AUGUUCGAAGAGUACCUGUACACUUACCACGAAGAUGACCUGUUCAAUAUACUAAAAUCUGAAGACAAAAAGCAGCACUAUUCGUUAACAAUUAAUUUUUUAACACUUUUUGAGAAAAACGCCAAAUUAGGAGAAGAAAUACUAGAGGAUUCAAUUAAUUUGCUCGAACAGUUUGACAAAGAUUUGAUAACUGUUCAAAAAGCUUUGAAAAAAAAUAAUGAAGAUACCACAGUCAAACUAAGGGUUAAAAAAAAAAUACACGCUCGAAUCACUGCAUUACCAUUGUGUCCAGAACUUCAUCGUACAAUAUUUCCUCGCAAUGAAGAUAUUGGUUCAUUUUUACGUGUCAAUGGUACUGUUGUACGAACUGUUUUGCCCAAGUUAUUAGAGUACAAAAGAGCUUAUUACUGUUCCAAAUGUAAAGAACCAUUUGACGUAAAGAUUGAUUAUGAACAAUUUAACAAAUUGAUAGUUCCUUUAAGAUGCCCCAACUUAGAAGGCUGUCCUGGUACUAAUUUAAAGCCAUUGAAAGAUGAAGAUCAAUACAUAAAAGAUUAUCAAGAAAUUAAAAUUCAAGAACAAAUUGGUAAAGUAGGCCUUGGAGCAAUGCCUCGCUCAAUGUGGGUAUCAUUAGAAGAUGAUUUGGUCGAUAAGUGUAAACCUGGUGAUGAUGUUAUAAUAUGUGGCACCGUUAUUCGAAGAUGGCAUCAAACUAUUGAAAACUCUUAUAUUGACAUAGAACUAUGCUUCAGAGCUAACCAUUUGAUUGUUUGUAAUGAUCAACAGUCUGCAAUUAUGAUAACAGAUGAAUGGGUGCAAGAAUUUGAAAAAUUUUGGGAAGAUAAUAAGAACGAUUUGUUUGCAGCUAGAGAUCUUAUUAUUGCAUCAAUUAGUCCUCAAACCUAUGGAUUGUAUACUGCAAAAUUGGCCGUGGCUUUAGGUUUAGCUGGUGGAGUGCAACGGCCGGCAUCAGAAGGAGGUGGAAUUAAAAUUCGUGGUGAAACGCACCUAUUAUUAGUUGGUGAUCCGGGUACUGGAAAAUCGCAGCUACUUAAAUUUGCAUGGAAAGUAUGUCCUAGAUCAAUAUUUACCACUGGAGUUGGUUCAUCAAAAGCAGGACUAACAGUUGCGGCAUUCAGGGAAGGGUCUGAAUGGCAUUUGGAAGCUGGUGCCCUAGUAUUGGCUGACGGUGGAAUUUGUUGUGUUGAUGAGUUUGGGUCAUUAAGGGAAGAUGAUCGUACAGCAAUUCAUGAAGCUAUGGAACAACAAUCAAUUAGUGUUGCGAAAGCUGGUUUAGUAUGUAAACUAGACACUCGUUGUACUGUUAUGGCUGCAAUGAAUCCAAAAAGUAGAUACAAUUUGAAUUUAUCCAUAACUGAUAAUAUUAAAAUUGCCAGUCCACUAUUAAGUCGUUUCGACUUAAUUUUAAUUCUUAUAGAUACGAAAAAUGAAGAAUGGGAAAAAGUUGUAUCGUCGUAUGUACUUCAAGGAAAAAAACCUGGAGCUCAUAAAAACAGUACAACAUUAUGGAAUCUAGAAAAACUUCAACACUAUUUUUGCACUAUUAGAAGCAUGACUCCUGAGACUACAGAGGAUGCUAACACAGUUCUAAGUAAAUAUUAUUGGAUGCAACGUCAAAGUACAUACAGAAAUGCUGCUAGAACUAGUGUACGGUUUUUGGAAAGCCUUCUAAGGUUAUCCCAAGCACAUGCAAAACUCAUGUUCCGUAAUCAAGUGCUCGUUCAAGAUGCCAUAGUUGCUGUGUCACUGAUGGAAUGUUCAAAUGAUGACGGGUCUCCAGAUAGCAUCAAUACCUUAUAUACUAAAUUUCCACAAUGUCCUAAAGAAACAUAUAUCAAAGAAAUGGAAACAAUUUUAAAAAAGUUAGGCUUGGAUGACAUCCUUGAAAAGGAAAUGGAGCUGUGGUGUAAUACAUCUUUAAUACAUUUAUCUGACUCAACAGGAUCAAGUAUAGAUGAUGUUAGUACAUUAAAUACUCUUUCAAAAAGUUCAAACAAUAGCUUAACAAACAAAAUAUCAGAAACAAUACAAAAUAUCAAAAUAAAAAAACAAAAAGAUUUUUACAAGUCUCAGAUUCACAAAAAAGAAAUAAUAAAACCAACAACAUCUUCUAAUAUUAAGAAAAUAUGUGCUAACUCUCCCAAAAACUCUCAAGUUAUGAUUGAUGAAGAUUCUGAUGAUGAAGAUAUUUUCGUCAACAGCACCAGUAAAAAUAAUACCAACAUUACAAUAAAAUCAUCAACCUUGCCCAUAACAACUUUAACGCCACCAAAGAUGUCAACAAACAUUGUCAAUAGUCCUUGUCUAAAACGAAAAAUUGACUCUUCACAAACACCAUCUAGUACUAAAUUAGAUACAGGACAGUUGGCAAGAUUAAAGUUGAGCGCAUUUCGAUGCAACAAAAAGCCAACCAGUUCAAACAGUGGUCAAGAACAAUCAAAUACUUUAAAAUUACCAACAAUCCAAAAUGAACCAUCUUUAAAUUUGUCAAAUAUUUUCUCAUUAGGAGAUGAAGACGAUUUGUCGUAUUUGGAUAUAGAUUGA